CCCGCGUGCGCCGCCUGUCCUUUAAAUUGAUUUUUUUUUCCCUUGUAUUUUUUUCACUCCAUCUUAACGCGGAAGUCAGUGACGCACCACCACACACAGCUGCUCAGCGGGGGCAAUGAAAUAAACAGAACGUCGUCAUUCGGUGCCAAACACAGCGGGCGGUACGGGCGAGGUGUCGCAAUUCAGACCAUCAUGCCCUUUGCUCUGGCAACAGGACAGGAAGUGUGUGUGUGAGCGUCCCUGGUUGGCUCUGCUGGGAUGAACAUGCCACUGCACCAGAUCUCUGUCAUCCCCCGUGAUGUGACCUCAUCGCGGGUGUCAGGCAGCGGGAAAGCUAAGGACAAGGACAAGCAGAAUGAGAAGCCUCUGGGUCAUUCAGCAAGCAGGUCCAGCAAUAUAUCAAAGGCGGGGAGCCCGACUUCCGUCAACGCUCCAUGCAGUUUCUCGAGGACAUCAGUAUCCCCAUCCAGCCAGGACAUCUGCAGCAGUCAGCAUCAGGACUGUCAGAAGCAGACCGCAGUGGUUCUGUUGAAUUCUAAUGGUAAAACCUGUCAAGGCUCAGGAGGUAUUUCAGUGACCACCUUCUGCAAAGACGCCCCACCAGCCUCCAAACACACUAAACAACGAGACUGGCUCUCUCUGCUCCGCCCAUCCUCCGUCAACAUCCAACCUAACGGCUCGCUCAGGUUUUCUGUGUCUCUAAAUGACGUGGGCCAGCGUGUGGACAGUCUCUGUCGUGGCCUGCACUUCAUAGAUCGCACCUGCUCCGAGGGAGAGCUGGAGCUGAAGCCUGAGCCUGCUCAGCCGCCUUGCUUGGAUCGAAGGGCGCACACACUCAAUGGCAAGCUGGCUGCGGCUACGGCACCCGCACACCAGCACCCAAAUCCAACCUUCUCAACACGCACCCACCCCCACCUCGUCCCCUCCUUCACCAACAACUAUAAGUACAUGUUGAGCGUUCCUCCCGCCAAUUGUUUUCCAUCUGACCCUUCUGUCGUUGCCCCUCCUCCCCCUCUUUCCAACACCCACCUCCACCAACAUCCCUCCCCAAGCGCCAAUUUCCUCCGUCUCCUCCUCCCCUUCUCUCGAUCCUCUACCUCGGCCAGCCUGCAGUGCUCUGAGCUGGGCAGCUAUGCCUCUCACCUCCACAUCACCAAGUCCUCUAGUGCCCUGCUGGAAGGCAGCGAGUCAGGGUUCCCCCCUGAGGAUCUCCUGGGAGAUGAUGACGUGUUUGAGGAGGACCGGUCCAGUCCAGCCACAAAGGGAACGGGCCAGCUGGCAACCCCAGAUACAGUCACCGUGGUUGGGCCAGGCGCUCUUCUAGCCCCCCUGUGCUAUAUGGAUGAGGACAGCGACUUGGACUGCUGCCCAUCCCCUUUGUCAGAGAAAACUGGGCCACUGUCACCCUAUUCGCUAUCUGGGGACUGCUGCAGGAUUUGUCACUGUGAAGGGGAUGACGAGAGUCCUCUGAUCACACCAUGCCACUGCACGGGGAGCCUGCGGUUCGUCCACCAGGCCUGUCUACAGCAGUGGAUCAAGAGCUCUGACACUCGCUGCUGUGAGCUCUGUAAAUAUGAGUUCAUCAUGGAGACCAAGCUCAAACCACUGCGCAAGUGGGAGAAACUACAGAUGACGGCGAGCGAGAGAAGGAAGAUCAUGUGCUCGGUCACCUUCCACGUCAUCGCCAUCACCUGCGUGGUGUGGUCGCUCUACGUUCUCAUCGACAGAACGGCGGAUGAAAUCAGACAAGCCGGAAGAAUCCCAGGGAUCCUGGAAUGGCCUUUCUGGACCAAGCUGGUGGUCGUGGCCAUCGGCUUCACGGGUGGACUGGUGUUCAUGUACGUCCAGUGCAAAGUCUACAUCCAUCUAUGGAGGAGACUCAAGGCUUACAACCGGGUCAUAUACGUCCAGAACCGACCAGACACGUGUAAAAAGCUGGCGCUGGAGAAGCCCCCUCUCAUGGAGCCGAGUCUGGAGAACAAGGAGGCCCUGGCCCCCACCCAGUCGGACACAAAUUCCUCCCAGUACACAGAGACAGAGGACUACAGUAUGGAAGUGCUCCAUGUCUGACCAAACAGUCCAUGCCAUUGGUUGUCCUACCCAUACUACACACACACACACACACACACACACACACACACACACACACACACAUAAACACACACCCACACCCACACUUAGGCCCACCAUGACUGAGGAACGACCAGACACUCCCCUUCCUGUGAUCAUCAGACUGACGCACUGUCUUCUUCUGGUCAUCUUGUCUUCCCACAGAGACAGACAGACCACGACUAACGUCUUCUAUCCACAUCCCUCCUAUCAGACCUUAUUCUUCCAUCGACCUGUACCCUCAGUCCACACCCUCGCCUCUCUCCUUCCCUAGGACUGGACUGUUUUUACUGACUUCUGUAAAUGUCUGAAGAGGCUUGGAGCAUACCACUCUCUGCGCGCGCACACACACACACACACACACACACACACACACACACACACACACACACACACACACACACACACACACACACACACACACACACACACAUACUCUUGUAUGUACACCUCUAGGAGAGCAGGACUGAGACAAAUGGACUCAUAAACGGCUCCAGGGGUUUACACUUCUCUGAUGCGUGGUUUGUUUGCUUGUGGGUUUGUUAGAUUUGUUUUUACAUCCUGUGAGUCUUGGGCUAACCCUCCGUGGAUCAGUAUGUAGCGCCGCGCAUCGGAUCUCUGGAACAUUCCAGCCACUGCCAUCUCUGUUGCUGUGGUCUGUCAAGUCCGCGCUGGUCUGGAUCCAACCAGGCCUUGAUCUGGACAUGCAUCGAAGCACUUUUGUUUUUUAGUUCCCUUUCUCUAGCUCCUCUCUUCCUUUUUUUUUCUCUAUUAUGAAUAAUGUCUUCUAUGUUAAACAUGGGGGAAAGCACACUCAAAAAAACUUGGAAAUGUUGGUUUCCUGUUUUAUUUGACAUUGCAUUUCUUCAUACGCAUAUAUACAUAUAUAUAAACCCUCCCAUGGAUGACAAAAAAGGAACUGGGGUUAAAAAAUCGAAUCGUGCUGAAAGAAACAUUUGGUUGAUGGGUUUUGACUAUGAAAUGUCAGACUCGUAGCUCUAAUGCAGAUAAUGGAAAAUCCAGCCACAUGACUUCUUUACCCCAACAUGAACUUUCUGAAGGCUUUGAGAAUGUAAACUUUUUAAAAAAUGAUUAAAAAAUGAAUAAAAUAUACAAAAAAAAAAACAACAUUUUUUACUGGUCACAGGAAAUUGCGAGAUAAUUUCCAUGUCCAUAACAAGAGCCUUUGGGCAUAAACAAAGUCGCUCGUGUUUUUCUAUCAUGCGAAUGACACAGUAUUUACAGUGUGAUAUGUGCAGUUUUUAAUAUGUUGAUUUGUUUGCUUAGUCAUGGGAUAUGCCUUGGGAAAUCUGCAGCUGCCUAUUUUCAGUCUGACCUCCUGUCACUCCCACUGUGCAGGCGGUGCAUUAAUUGAUUCCAAAUAGAUAGUUUGGAUUAAAACACUGGCAGAAUAAGCUUUAGGCACACUUUACAAUCCAUCUCCACAGUUAUGUUAACACACUUUAGCACAGAGUGCAAGGUGCCAGAUGUGAUGUUUCAACAUGACAUUUAGGAUCAUUACCGAGCAUUUCGGAUGAGCAGAAAUCUCAGUUUCAGUGUCUUGUUUCGUCUUGCUGGAGUCUCUCACAUGGUAGAGGAUGUCUAUUUUAGUAUUAAUCACAAGACAGCCAGCAUGUUCCUGCUAAUUUGAUUGAACGUUUUUUUCACAUCUGGCCUUAUGUGGUCUAAAUGACACAAGUUGUUCAGCACCUUUUUGUUUUUAAUUUCUCAAUAGAAGCACAGUGAAGCACAGCUUAAAUACUGUCACUGCAUUACUCCAAAAAUGUAACAUUUUCACUGUAGGUCAUUACAUUCAUCAACAAACAGAUCAUUUAUUUUGCAAUAAAAGCAAUGCAAUACAUCCAUAUGCUCCCUACCUGUGACAGACACAGUCAGCUCAUCACUCAUCGAUGAGCUGACUGGAGCGCCACCUGCUGGUGUGAAGCUGAAGGUGCAGCCUGAGGUGGGCAGGAGCUGAUUUCUGGGGGCGAUGUAUUUUGGGGCUUACAGUCAUUGUAAGUGCUUUUGUGUAUGUGGGAGCACAGCGAUGCCGGGCUCAUGUUGAGCCUCACAGCCAUUCCAGCAACACACACAUUUUUAAAGUCUUUGAUAACAGUGUACUGUCUGUGAACAAUGAUGGUCCAACUACAUACAUACUACAUGACAGUUUCUGCUCAGCAGCAGCAAUAAAUGAAAUCAGCGCUUUGUUUUCUGCAACAGUGCAUACCGUACUUGUGUUACUUGUGUAUAUGCCCCAUGGUGACUUGAGAUCUGGAGUCUAAUACAAUUUUAAUACAUAAUAUGAGCCAAGGGAGUAGUUGUGUGUCAAGUUGGAUUAAGACCUAGUAAUGAGAAGCUUCUCUGAAACUUCAAACCCCACGAGGCUCAGUGCAAUUAGACAGAUAAAAAGUGCAAUUACCCUUUUGUUGUUAUUCUAUUCUAUAGUUAUGUACUGGUGUUUAAUGUCCAGGAUGUCCUCUGGGUAUAAAAAAGUUUUUGUGUUGUAUUUAUUUUUAAAAGAAAACAGAGUACAAUUUGUUCAUUUAAAAAAACCCUUUCAUUAGUAAUUUUAUGCAACUUACACUUUGUUUUUUUUUCCCAGGCAUAAAUACCAGAAAAUCACUUCCACUUUGUUUUGCACUUUAGUUUGUCAUUUAGAUAUUAGUGUUGUAAAAAGCUUAAUGUGAGUAUCUGCUCUUUCUUCUUGCUUUUUAAAUUGCUUGCUGAAUUAUGUUUUAAAUAUGCAGAGUAUAGACAUUUAAUCACAGCAUCACAUUUGAAUGUUACUUGUUUUUCACAUAAAACAACAUGGAGUAUUCUGACGUUUCCAGUUUCUUCAAAAUGGAGGAUUAAAGAUGGACGGUGGAUUGUGCUUUUUCUUUUUUUUUUUUACUUUCUACUCAUAGGAGCUGGCUCCUUUCAUGAAGUCUGAGACAGAAGUUUUGAUGUAGUCUUGAUGAAGAUUGAGGCCGCUUUAGGACGCUUUUACAAGCAGGCAUGUUUCUGAGAGCAGCUUUUUCUUUCUCACUUUAUUUCUUAGUGUCUCUAUCACCAUGAACUGAUUUCUUCAUUUCCCUUCAAUCCUACUGAGCAGGAUAUCGACUGAGAAGGAAAGGUACUUUCUCAGCCUUUAAGUCUAGUCUUUCUGUCUUUACCCUGUCUCUUCCACUUUAUCAUGUCUGGGAAUAGUGUAACUUGCAUAAAGCUACAAUUGUUUACUACUGACUGGACUUGAACAUAUAUGACUGUUCCCCUGUCUUAUGAUAUCAUUCCACAAGUUUGUCUGUGAAUUUACUUUGGAAUAGUAACUGUAAAGAAUUUGGUAAAAGUACUUAUGUUUUUAAAAAAAAAAAUAUUGAUGUGUUUUCAGUUUAAUUCCCAUGUUUGAACAAAGUAUGUAGAGUUUAAAAGAACAACCAAAUAAAAAUUAAGUUACUUUUAA